UUCCCUAGAUGCCAAUUCAACUAGAGAAGGAGCUUUGAGAUUUAAUCAUCUCACUAUAGAUCCUGUUUCGGGAAGGCUCUAUGGAGGCGCGAUCAACAGGCUCUUUCAACUCGAUUCAAAUCUCAAAUUGGAGGAAUAUGUCUCAACAGGACCGUAGACUGGACAAUCCUCAGUGUCAUGCAACAGGUUGCAUGGCAAGAGACAUUACUACUACUUUAAUGGAUAAUGUGAACAAGCUGCUAAUUGCCGAUCUCGAGUCGCAGAUGUUAAUUGUCUGUGGCUCUCUUCUUCAAGGCGCCUGCGGAAAAUACAAGAUGUCCAACAUAUCCAUUAAGCCGGAAUUCAUUAUUCACAGUGUAGCUGCCAAUGAUGAGAACUCCUCCACGUAUGCUUUCAUCGGACCUGAAAAAUACAAUUCAUGGGGGCAAACAAACAUACUCUACGUGGGGACGACCUUCACCAACAAAGGAGAUUAUCGUCACGAUGUGCCCGCUAUUUCCAGCAGAAAUCUCGACAAGUUGAACUUUGCCGAGUACACGUUCAAUAAGCAGUCGAUUGUGUACAUCGACGUCAAGUAUCGAGAUCAUUUUUUGGUGAAGUACGUGUACGGAUUUAACGCGAGCGACUACGCGUACUUUGUUCUGGUACAGAAGCAGUCGUAUCUACCCGAGCAAGAGGAACUGGGAUACAUCUCCAGAUUGGCGCGCAGUUGCAUAAGCGAUCCGAAUUAUGACAGUUACACUGAAGUGACUCUGCAGUGUACGGUCGAUCUGGGAGACGGGAAGCAGCACUAUUAUAACUUGGUGCAAGACGCAAAGGUCGCGGUGGCGGGCAGCGAUCUGGCCAUGCAACUCGGCAUCUCCGUUGGCGAUCCAAUAUUCGUCUCUGUAUUUUCGCCGAGCCGAGGCAUCACGAACGAGCCUCUAUCACGCUCGGCGGUUUGCAUCUACAGUCUGCAAGAUAUCGAGACCAAGUUUAAUGAAAAUAUUCAUAUGUGUUUCAACGGUAGCAUCAAAUAUCGAAAUAUGGGUUAUAUCAGCGGCCCUAUACAAGAUGGAAAGUGCCCUACUGCCGGAACUACGGGAAAUAUUUUGAACUUCUGCGAGGUUGGAUUAAAAAUUUCCGGGGUAUCGCCAAUCACGGGUCAAGCUAUUCUGCACUUUCCCGAUACAUUCAUCACCUCUGUAACCGUCGCCAAUACCGAGAGCCAUACCGUAGCGUUUUUCGGCACGAGCGAUGGCGUUCUCAAGAAGGUCUUGUUGUCUGGAGUUGAAGCAUUUGUCUAUGAAAGUGUUACGAUCGAUAAGGGACAAAAGCUGUUGCCCGACACGCUGAUCUCACCAGACGGCGAACAUAUCUAUGUAUUGUCCACUUCGAAGAUAUCGAAGGUCAAAGUGGAGCAUUGCAGUGGUUAUACCAAUUGCAGCAGCUGUCUCGACGCGAAGGAUCCUUAUUGUGGCUGGUGUUCCUUAGAAAAGAGGUGCACUGUGAGAGGAGACUGUCAGAAAGCGAGUCACAGUAGUCCACGAUGGUUGUCUUUGGGCACAGGUCAACAGUGCAUUGAUUUCGAGCAGGUUCUACCCGAUCGUAUGCCCAUUAAUCAGAUGACCACAGUACAAUUAACAAUUAGAACUUUACCGGAAUUACCGACGGGCGCUAAUUACAAGUGUGUUUUUGGUAACGCCGAACCAAUAGACGCGCUGAUGACUGGUUUCGGACUAUCCUGUCCCACACCACCCGUCGUAGAGAGACCCAGCAUUCCCGAGGGUGCCGAUCACGCGCUCGUACCAUUGUCCGUGCGAUCGAGUGAAACGAACAAAGAUUUCGUAUCGCGCAACUUUGCAUUUUUCGAUUGUUCGAGGCACACCGUGUGCACCGAGUGUGUAAAGUCGCAAUGGGCGUGUAGCUGGUGUGUCUACGAUAACAAGUGCACCCACAAUACUAGCUGUCAAGGCAUUAUAUCGGGAGAAAACCAAAACCAUGCCAAUCUUGCUGCGCACGGCGCACAGUUCUGUCCGAGAUUCGUAGAACGCAAAGAGCCGUUGAUGCUGCCCAAUAGCGUACCUAAGGAGAUAGUGCUCGAGGUAGAGAACCUGCCACAUCCGCAAGUGGGUCACAGCGGAUUUCAGUGUAUCGUCAGCAUAGAAGGCGCCAAUCUGAAGGUACAGGCCCGCGUGGAUAGCAGUCGUUUCAUCGUAUGCGACAAAACCGUGUAUUCUUACGAAGCGGUAAGCGGCGAAUACGAGGCUGAGGUAACGGUUGUCUGGAACACGAAUCAUCACGUGGACAAGACUACGAUAAUUUUAUACAAGUGCGAAGUACUCGGCUCGCAUCGCGAGCACGCGGACUGUUCUUUGUGCGUGACGCGGGACACUCGCUUCGAGUGCACUUGGUGCGGGAACAGCUGCGUAUAUCGACACUCGUGUCUACAGUCACCGUUCACCGAGUGUCCAAAGCCUCGUAUAGACAUGAUCAAGCCACUGAGCGGGCCGAUCGAAGGCGGCACGCUGGUGACAAUCGAGGGUAGUAAUCUUGGGCUGAAGGAGAGUGACGUGGAAGGCAAGAUACACAUCGGCAACACUCCAUGCGUUCUGGUGGACUACGAGGUGUCGGUGCGCAUUGUUUGCCGCACCGGCCGACACGAAGCCACGGAUGCGGCGUCCGUCGUAGUCGGCAAUGACGCCGGUUACACGGAGAGCGCAGUGCUGUUCAAUUACAAGGACAUACGUCUGUCGGGCGUGUAUCCGUCGGUUGGACCACAGAGCGGCGGCACUCAACUGGCCAUCACCGGUAAGUAUCUCAACAUCGGUAGUACGAUAUCGGCAUAUCUGGAUGAGUUGCCAUGCCACGUGAACGCAACCCAAGCGAGCAGCACGAGGUUGACUUGCGUAACUAGUAAGUCAGGCCGCGUCAGACGGAUUCAUAGGCUAACCCUGAGUAUUGAUGGUGCAAAUCGCACUCUCAUGGAUAAUCCGUAUAAUUAUACUCAUGAUCCGACUAUCAUGGAAAUCAAGCCACUUAGGAGUUUUGCCUCGGGUGGACGCAUGAUUACCGUACAUGGCACAAACCUGGACACCAUUCAGAAGCCCGAGAUGGAGGUUUAUUUUGACAACGAGCAAUUACCGGUAAAUAGAACCGUUUGCACCGUCCUAAAUCCCACGCAAAUGGAAUGUCCAAGUCCGAGCGUCGCUAAGAGGUUCACUUCGAUUCGACGCAGUGAACGUUCGGCGGCCGCCAAUGCUCAAGGCACCUCAUCGCCGCAUUCGUUGAGGCUGAAGGAAUCCCAAUUGUCUCUCAAAAUCGCUUUUAUUAUGGAUAACGUUGAGAGUGUGAGGGACUUGGAGAAGCACUUUCAGAGUCUUCGUAAUCGAUUAUUUUACGUCGAGGAUCCGAAAUUCUUUCCAUUCCCGCGAAAUGUCAAACUAUACAAAGGUGACACGCUGGUGAUCGAGGGUGAGAAUCUCAACUACGCUAGCGACGAGUCUGACGUAAAUGUCACCGUAGGCGUCAUGCCUUGCAACGUAACAUCUCUUGCUCUUACGCAACUGGUUUGUACGCCGCCGGACCAACAGCCCGCCGAUACGGAUGAACUCGGCAUCAAAACUGAGAGUGGGCUGCCAUUGGUGGUAGUACGAGUCGGUCGCAGUCUACGCUUUCCUAUCGGCUAUCUGCGCUACGAGGUCAUCAAGUCCUAUCCGAUACCACCUGAGGCAAUUGCCGGUAUCGCUGCCGGUACCUUCAGUCUCAUCUUCUUAUUCGUCUUGGUGCUGGUGAUAUAUCGCCGUAAAAGCACGCAGGCGGAACGGGAAUACAAGCGCAUACAGAUACAGAUGGACACGCUCGAGAGUAACGUUCGCAUGGAAUGCAAACAGGCGUUUGCGGAACUACAGACAGACAUGACAGACUUGACCGCGGAUCUUGAGUCGUCGGGCAUACCCACUCUCGAUCAUAAGAAUUAUAUCAUGAAGGUGUUCUUCCCCGGAGUGAUAGACCAUCCCAUAUUGAAUGAUCCGCGUUCGCGUAGCAAUGUUUCGCGAACCAACUACGACGCGGCAAUGAUACAAUUCGAGCAGCUUGUCAACAACAAGUAUUUCGUCCUAACAUUCAUAGAGACUCUAGAGGCUCAAAAGGACUUUAAUAUUAGAGACAAGGUAAACGUCGCCUCUUUACUCAUGGUUGUCCUAAUGGGUAAGAUGGAAUACGCUACAGAUAUAUUGAUGAAUCUACUGUUGAGACUCAUCGAUAAAGCAGUGAACACAAAGCAUCCGCAGCUUAUGUUGAGGAGAACGGAAUCUGUGGUGGAAAAAAUGUUGACGAAUUGGAUGGCGCUUUGUAUGUACAACUACCUGAAGGAUUACGCCGGUUCGUCCCUGUUCCUGCUGUUCAAGGCGAUCAAGCAUCAGAUCGAGAAGGGACCGGUGGAUGUGAUAACGCACGAUGCGAGAUAUUCCCUCUCGGAAGAAAGACUCCUGCGCGAACAGAUCGAACAUACGAUCGUCACGUUACACGUGGUGCAGGACGAUCUCGACGAGAAGAUACAGUGUAAGGUCUUAGACUGCGAUACUAUAAGUCAGGUAAAGUCGAAGAUUCUCGACGCGCUGUACAAGAAUACUCCGUUUUCGCUGAGGCCGUCCGUACACGACGUCGAUCUGGAGUGGCGACACGGUCGUGGUGGUCAUUUGACUCUCCAGGACGAAGACCUCACGACCAAGUGCUGCGGUGGGUGGAAGAAGAUAAACACGCUGGCACACUACGGUGUCAAGGACUCGGCGGUGAUGUCGUUGAUUCCUCGACAGAACGACGGCUUCUCGGUGGCUUGCAAGCCACCUUGUCACAAUUGCAAGCCCUCGCAUUAUCAUCCGCAGCAGCAGCCAUCGAUUCACUCCCACCAUCCACCGUCUCAUCAUCAUCAUUUACAUCGACACUCGAAUCAUUGUUCGUCCACGCAUCUUCCAUCCACGCCCAAUCACGGGCUGAUCAGUCCUGUGAUGUAUAAUCAUCCCGUGAGCGACCUGUACUUCGACUCCCAACACUCGCCGCCUAUCAUAACGGCGAACGGCGACAUCGAGAGCGCUCAUGGCGGCAAUCAGCGGCUGUAUCAUCUGGUGAGGCCCAUCGAGGACGUGCACUAUCCGCCAAGCUUGGGCUUCACCGGUAGCAACAAACAUCACCAUCCCGAGCGAACGCACAAGGCGAUCCCAGAAAUAUUCCUGACGCGAUUGCUGUCGACAAAGGGCACCGUACAAAAAUUCGUCGACGAUUUCUUAAACACCAUACUGACCGCUAAUGAGGCACUGCCUAGCGCGGUCAAAUGGUUGUUCGAUCUCCUCGAUGAAGCUGCCAAGCAGCACGGCAUCGUCGAUCCGGAAGUGGCGCACGCGUGGAAGUCGAACAGCCUGCCGCUCCGAUUCUGGGUUAAUUUUAUCAAGAAUCCAGAUUUCAUGUUCGACAUCAACAAGUCCACGACGGUGGACUCGAGUCUCUCCGUGAUCGCACAGACGUUCAUGGACUCGUGCUCGAUGACGGAACACAGACUGGGCAAGGACUCGCCGUCUAACAAGCUACUCUUCGCCAAGGAUAUACCGCACUAUCGCGAGAAAGUGGGUCGAUUCUACACAGAUGUGCAAAGACUACCGCAGAUCACCGACCAGGAGAUGUCUAGUGCCAUGCAGCAACUGAGCGCGUCUCACGCCAACGAGUUUGAUGUGAUCGCGGCGCUGAAAGAGCUCUACAUCUAUGUCAGCAAGUAUUAUGAACAAAUCCUAGAGGCCUUGGAGACAGAUGCGGGCUGUCGCAAACUUCACCUAGCUCAUAGACUAGAAAACGUAGCGUACACGCUCGAGGGAGAAGAGACCAGUGCCUGCUGACAUACCCUCCUCACUUCCAUCCCAGGACCCGUCAACCUCUCCAGAAACACUGACUAGUGCCUCCACUUCAUGCAUCAGAUACACCUCGUUACAUAUGUACAAAUAUUACACAUUACAACACACCGUGUGAAUAACAAUGCCGUAAAAAAAAUACACGCGAUUUCGUUAGGGCUAGUCAGGUGAUAGGUCACGGGAUAGACAGUCCUCGUGGUAGUAUUUUACCGUCUUUACGUGUUGGCCAUACCGAAAUACGCUUGUAAACAUGUAUGGAUAUUGGUAGGCAAUGUACGCGCCUCUGAUCCUUAAAUCACGACGCUGGACAGACGUCUAUCUAUUUAAUAAUCUCUUUAGAAAAUGAAAAGUGUAUUUAUAUGUGAGUCUCAUCGAAUUCGAACGAAUCUCAAUUCGUAGAGUGUCUUUUCGCGGGUGAUUAUUGUUAUCGUAGUAUAAGUGAGAGAGAUUUAGUUGUCUUAUCUAAUUAAGUUAUUUUAAUUCUCUGUUCUAUUUUAUAUAUGACGUUGCGUAUACACGACGCUGCAGCGCAUUUUUUUUCUCUGUCGAGACUCCUUUGAGGAUCGGAGACGUGGAUCGGUGCAAAUACUUAUUAGGGAAGAAAUUUAAAAUGUAAAUUUUAUGGCCGAGCUGAUAUCUAUACGUGUGGUACGUAAAUACGGAAUAUAUAACAUAAAGUAAAAGUAACAUGUUUAAUGGUUAAGCGAGAGAAAGCCAUAGUGUCCACCAGACUGUCUGUACGGGAGCGACGUACGGCAGCGAGUAGUCUGUGAUCCGAGCACGAGUGGCUAUGCCUACUAUCUUCAUUAUGAUAUAUAUAUAUAUAUAAUUAUUAAUAUGUUAAAUAUAUAUAUAUACAUAAAAAAUAUAUAUAUAUAUAAAGCAAAAAAUCAUGCGCAACACACCUCUACGGAUUGUAGUGAGCUAGUUAGAGAGGGACUAUAUGUAUUAUAAGUUGGGGGGGUUACGUACCCUUAUAAUUCAGAGACAGAGUAACAGAUAAUAUUAAAUUAAGGCGAUUAAAGUAACGUUAAAAGAAGUAUAAGAGUUAAAAAAGUUACAAGAGCAGCUCAGUCUACUCUAGGCCUAUUUACGUAUAUCGUCUAACGUCGAACGAACAAAUCGUUUUCUUUUAUCUUUAUCUUUUAUUUUGCUUCUGAGUCUCUCUGUUGUAGUUUACAAAGUGCGAAUAAUUUCUUUUUAGAAAGGCCAUUUUGUGGAGCAUCUAGAAUUUUAUCUUCCAUUGUAGGUAUUAUUAUAUUAUUGUGUUAUUAUUAUUAUUAUUAUUAUUGCAUUA